AUGAAGAUCAAGACGGUGUCGCGCAGCGCGAAGAAGGAGGCCCGGGACACGGCGGACCACAAGUACGUGCGGCGCAACCUCGACCCGGCGGCGCACCCCUUCGCCGCGGCCCGGGAGCACCAGCGCGCCGUCGUCGCCGCGAAGCUCGACCGCAUGAUGGCCAAGCCCUUCGUCUGCGCUUUGGACGGCCACCGCGACGCCAUCACGUGCCUGGGCACGCCGCGGCGCGGCCAGCUCGUCCAGGUCGUCUCCGGCGGCGCGGACGGCGAGUGCCGCGCGUGGGACCUCGCGAGCCGCAAGUGCGUCUGGCGCGCGCCGGCCCACGCGGGGCCCGUGGCCGGCGUCGUGUUGGCGCGGGCCGGCGACUCCUUCUUCUCCUGCGGCGAGCGGUCCAUCAAGCGGUGGGCGCUGGAGCGGCGGGGCGGCGACGACCGGCGGCCGGAGCCCCUGAACGUCUGGACGUCGCGGGGCACGGUGAAUGAUGUCGAUGCCUCCUGGCAGGGCGGCGGCGACGGCGCGCUCGUGAGCUGCGGCUCCGAGGGGGUCGUCGAACUGUGGGACCCGGAGCGGUCCGCGGCCGUGCGGUCGUGGUCUUGGGGCACGGACGCGGUCUACAAGGCGCGCUGGAACCCGGCGGAGCCGUCGCUCGUCGCCUCGACGUCCCGGGACCGCGCGGCGACGCUCUACGACACGCGCGCGAAGACGCCGCUAAGACGCUGCGUGCUCGCGGCGCCGUGCCGGGCUUUGGCCUGGAACCCGCGGGACCCGACGCACUUCGUCGUCGGGUCCGAGGACACCAUGUGCUACACCUUCGACGUGCGCAACCUCAAGCAGCCGAAGAUGAUCCACGAGGGCCACGUCGGCGCCGUCAACGACGUGUCGUUCGCGCCGAGCGGCCUCGAAUUCGCGUCGGCGUCCGCGGACCGCACCACCCGAAUCUUUGCGAGCCGCGGCGCGGGCUGCGGCCGCGCGCGCGAGACCUACCACGCCCUGCGCAUGCAGGCGUUGGCCGCCGUGCGCUUCACGGCCGACGCGUCCUUCGUGCUCACCGCGUCGGAGGACUUCAACCUCCGGGUCUGGAAGGCGCGGGCCUCGAAGAAGCUCGGGCCCGUGAGCUCCCGGGAGCGCGCGGCGCUGGACUACCGCGCGGCGCUCCUGGACCGCCACGCGCACAUGCCCACGGUGAAGCGCAUCGUCAAGUCGCGGAACCUGCCGAAGAUGGUCAAGAAGAUGCGCGACCGCCGCGACGAGGAGAAGGACCGCGCGCGCGCCAAGCUCCAGAAGACCAUGGACCACUCCCGGCCGGGCGCCGUCGCGCCCAAGGCCGCGCGGUCCAAGGUCGUGCUGAAGGAGCAGACGUAA